AUGAUAGAGGCAUUGCGAUACAUUACAACGGUCAUAAGUCAACGAAACGCCGCGCUGGCGCAGCUCUGGCGCCGACCGACCGCGCCGUUGCGCGCGCCUGUCGCACUCAUCUUCGUGACAGAGGUAACGGGCCCUGAGCAGUGCAGUGGCGCGGGCGGCUACCGUCUCGCACAGCGAGCGGCGCACCUUGGCCUGAACCGCCUUCGUAUGGCACGCGCCACCGCCCACGAUUUACGAGAAGAAAAUAACUUUACACAUUAA